CGAAUUCACGCACAAUGCAAUCAGUGGCCCCCUUCCAAAGCAGUGGACGGCACCUAAUCUUAAAUUCAUCGGAUUGGGUGACAACAAUCUGUCUGGCACCAUACCGGAUGAUAUAACGGGCUUGGUCUACCUCACACUGCUGGACCUGAGCUCCAACCGCCUUACUGGCACCAUACCGCAAGGUCUCUCUAAUUGUGCCAACCUACAAACUCU